AUCCCAGCCGGAUUGUUCCGCCCGGCCGUUACUAUGGAGACCAACAGACGCUAGGCCUGAAGCCUGGGCCUCGGGUGGAUUCGAGCUGCCGGCCAUUGCAGAUGGAAUACUUGAAUAUGGAGGAAGAGGAUGAUUAUCAGGUUGAAAAUGAAGAUAUGGAAGAACAAUUUUAUGAGUGUGAGGAGCUAGGUAUGGAAAACAACGAUGGGUUUUCAGAUGUUGAUGACUCUGAAAUUACAUGGGAAGAAAAUGAUACUACUAAUGUAAAAGGGCUAAGCAAUUCUGAGAGGGUGCAGGUCGGAAAACGCCAGAGAAAGCUGAAGGAGCUUGAGAUACUACAUCAGGAAAAGGAUGUGAAAAUUCAAAAAAUAAGAGAAGAAUUAAAAGAAUGCAGGAUGAGAAUAGAAACUUUGGAGAAGGAGAGGAAGGAAGUGGAAGCAGAUAUUCAAGAGCAGGAAACUGCCAACAACAAUCCUGCUUUGUUUCGCCUUCGGGCACAACACAGACGGCUGUGUGACGAGCUUCGGGAGGAAGAAGACCUUCAAUCAAAAAUUACUUUGAAACUGCAAGAGAAUGAACGUGAAAUGUUUGAAGUUGAACUUGAACAAGGAAAAUUGAUGCGACUCUAUGAAGCACAUAAGAAUGACGAUGCAAAAUAUGAGGCACAACUCUUACUAGAGGCAAAACAAAGACUGGAAGCAGAAGAGACAGCUAUUUUACAAGCAGAAAAAAGAAAAAAGAAGGCAAUCAAAGAUGUCGAAAAACAAAAGCUGGAACAUAAAAAAGCAUUUGAAGACGCUAAAAUAUACAAUCAAAAAUCAAUACAAUAUCUGAAGGAAUCUAUGGCCAGAGCUCGUCAAGAACAAGCUGAUAAAGAACUAAAGAUAAGAGAUGACCUGGAGAAGAGGAUGCAAAUCAUAUUGUCAUUGAAGAAAAACAUUGCAAUGAGCCGAGAAAACCUCCGGGCAAUUCAGGCAAGGAAAGCUGCUAAGUCUGCAGCAGAAGAACAAAAGAAGGGAAAAGAAGCAUCAAUGGUCUCAGAAAGUGAAAAUUUCCUACAACAUAUGCUUUACAGAAAGCACCUACAAGAGUUUGAGAAAAAGAAGCAGGAAUUUGCAGAAGAGCAGAAAACGUUGAAGGCAGAAAUUAUGGCUAAGAUCCUCAGGGAAGAAUCCAAUAUGGAAAAGAAGAAGAAGAUCUAUCCUGUACUAUUUCCAGAAAAUCUAAAGAGCGAAGAUAAAACUUCAGAAGUGUGGAAAUUAGGGAAAAAGCUGCUGCAGUGCAUAGAAAACAACUCUGAAGAUGACAGAGUUAUAAAUACCCAUGAACAAGAAAGGCGAUCCCCAUCACAAAUAUCAGAUGAAGAAACCAUCACAGAACAAAUCCCAAAUUAUUUCACGCAGGAUUUCAGUGACCAGCUUCUGGAUGAAGAAAGUCUUAAUUUGCCUGAAUUUCCAGGGCUUUGGGAUAAAGAGCAUACACCCAACAAGGAUGAAACAGUCAGCAAACGUUUAGGAGCGGGUACUAGUAAGAUGGAACAAGAGAUUUUGGCACGACAGUUGGAGAAACAAAGAAGUGGGAUCGUCCAAAAACAAGUAGCAGCUGGUCGGGAAUUCAAAGGCUGUCCUUUCUACAGCAAGCCCGAUAUUAUUCACUUCAAGAACUUUGAUGUUGGUCAAACUUACAAGAAAAAGGCAACGCUGAUAAAUGCUUCAUACGGUAUCACUUUCUGCAGGCUGAUUGCCAUCACUGAUUGCUUGAAAGACUUCAUUGAGGUUGACUUCAAGCCUCCAGGUCAGAUUUCAGCUGGUAUGUCUUGUGAGAUGACAGUGACUUUCAAACCUCUGGUUAAUAAAGAUUUUGAAGGAGAAAUAAUGUUUCGGACUCAUAUUGGUUCCUUUGCUGUUCCACUUAAAUGUACAACUAAAAAAUGUGAUCUUGUUGUAGAUAAGCACAUUAUUGACUUUGGAUGCCAUACUAUUGGUGAAACAAUUACUCGGACUAUCACUCUGAUCAAUCGUGGAGCACUGAGCACAUAUUUCCAGUUUCUGAAAUCCGUUCCAAAACAAUCGUUUACUGGAGAGAUCACUGAAUUGAUUGUUCCAUCUUCAGAAGGUUUUUUUGAUCUUGAUCAACAGCUUCACAAUGAGAUCAAAGUUGGCAAGAUCACAGUGGAUGAAAUUGGUGCAUUUACUUCUGUCAAGUUGCCAAUCAUCUUUGCACCUUUAAUCCCUGGUGAAACACAAAUGGAUUUUGAAUUAGUAUUUUCUGAUCCAGCAUCCAAAAGUAUAUCCAUUAAGGCACAAGGAAAGGGUGUUGACGUACCAGUCUGGCUAUCAAAUCCUAAUAUAGACCUGAAAAUCUGCAUGUACGACCGGCUUUACCAAGACUCUAUUUGUGCUUACAGUAGAGCAAGCGCAGCACUCCAGUUAAAAUUUGAAGUGUGCUCCGAGUUGAGAAAUCACUUGGAACUGCUACCAAAAACUGGUUACAUCCAAGCGCAUUCCAACUUUAGUUUUCAACUCAAAUUUCUACCCAGGCAAUCUUUAGCGGAAGAUGCUAAAAGAUAUUUUAACGAGGGAACAAGAGUCCUGGAAGCUCCGAUGAACAUAUUGGUAGCAAAUCAGACUAGACCAAUUCCUUUCACUGUUCAUGCCAUUGUCACCAGUUCAGACUUGGAGAUUGAUCGUCAAACGAUUGACUUUGGUUAUUGUUCGAUCUAUGAGUCUGUGUGGACUACUAUCAGCCUCACAAACAAAUCAAUCCUGAGCCAGGAAUAUGGAUUUGUUGAUAUUCCAGAGUAUGUGGAGGUGCAACCUAAUGAUGGUUUUGGUGUACUUUUACCUCUGGAAACUCUGAAUAUUGACAUUAUGUUCAAAGCCAAACAAGCCAAAGAAUAUGCCUUUGAGUUGAUUUGCAAGUCUGAAAUUAACAGGGAAUUCAAGAUUUCCUGUCAAGCUAUUGGUGUCUUCCCUCCACUGAAGUUAUCCCAUUCAGUGAUUCACUUUGCAGCUACAGCUUUAAAUGAUACAUCUACCGUGACUCUGUAUGUGGAGAAUUCACACACCAGCCAAAAUGAAUUUACUCACCCCGUGCCGAGGAUCGGAAAAGGAGAAACUGCGCCUGUCGGGCCAACAUUAUUUGAAUUUGCCAUUCCAGAAUCUUCUUAUUUAUCUAUUGCACCUGCUGUUGGAACUGUGAUGCCAGGAGAGAAAUGUUUGGUACACUUGUUAUUUAAACCAACACUACCAGACAUACUGGUGCAAGAAGAAGCUGUACGAACGCUUUGCCAAGCUGCAGAAACAGAAAGGAUUUUGGAGAAACAAGAAACUGAGAGCUCAGAAUCAGAUGAUUUAUCAAGCAAAAAGAGACCACUGCCAAAACAAACAGAAACAAGAAGAAGUAGCCCAAGUCCCCCUAAACCUAAGGAAACAAACAGUAUAAGUGACAGCUCCUUGUUUGAACCUCCCAAUCCUGUAAACAUUGCUCUAGAUUCUGAUGAAUAUAAUGCAGCCCUUGCUUCACUGCUGAGGAAUUUUAAGGAAGAAUUUCAUUCGCUUGUCAUUCCCUGUUUUGUUCAAUAUCAAGGAUCAACAGACCAUAAAGCAUCAGGUUAUUCCCCUUACAGCAUCCAUAACACCCUAUAUCUAAAGGUGAAUUGCCCUAUAGUUGCCCCACCAAUAGUACUCAUUUCUGGUAACAAACAGAAUAUGGUGGACUUUGGAGCAAUUGCAGUAGAACAGAGAGUGCUUAAAAGAAUUGAGAUUCAGAAUAUUUCUGAAUACCACCUGAAUCUGAAAUCAUCUGUUCUGGAUCCAUGUGGACCCUUUGAAUUGUUGAAUUCUCUUCGAUCCCUACAGCCAGGAGCAACUCACAAUCUCAUUUUUUCCUUCACACCAGCAAAGAGCAAAAUGUACUACGAACCUUUGGAAAUCUGCAGUGUUAAAGGAAAGCUUUCUCUAAUCCUGACUGGAUGUGGUAUAGACCCAUCAGUGACAUGUUCUGUAGAAAAUGUAUUGGAUGUGGGAUAUGUUCUUGCAAAUCAAAGCAGAACAGUGACAUUUCAGCUGGAAAAUGCUACAAUCCUUAAUGUCAUGUUUAGUGUGAAGCUGGACAGCCUGUCUUACAGCAAGCACAGAGAACAACAGGUGCUGCCAGAAUUCUUGGCACCUGAUCAAACAUCUGGUUCAUUAGUGGGUACUCAAAAUUAUGGGGAUCAAAGUGUCUUCAGUGUCUCUCCUAUUAAAGGGUCCGUAGGCCCAAUGCAGAGUCAAGAAUUUGAAGUCACUUUCAGUCCUGAUCAUGAAAGUCUGUACUACUCAGAUGGCAUGCAAGUGGAGCUGUUUGACAAGGUUGCUCAUACGAUCCAGUUGAAAGGAGCUGCAAGAGAACAUUUGAUGUUUGUUGAAGGAGGAGACCCAAUAGAUGUUCCAGUUGAAUCUUUAACCAUCCUACCAAGUUAUGAUGUAUCAGAUAUUCCUCGGGUAUUGAAGUCUAUACAGCUGACUCUAAAGAGCACUAAGUUUGACAACAAAUUGACAACAGCUUUGAGAGAAUUCCAGGUGGGAUGUAUCCGAUCAACCCAAGCUAAUGCUAGAAAGAAUGUGGAGUUCACCAUCGACAGUCCACAGGCCCUUCAUGCGAAAGGGUUCGUCAUUGAUCCAGUCAAAGCCACGGUGGAAGCUGGGACCGUGAAGGUUGUCACUGUUAGCUGGACUCCACCUAGUGGACACGAUCCACUUCAAACAAUCUCAGCUACAGUUAAAAUGUCUAUCAAAGGAGACAUCACAGAAAAUUACCAAAUCAUUUUAACAGCAGUGGUUCAUGAACACAAGAUGAAGUUGAAUGACUGAGGAAAUUACUGAGAAGACUUCUUAUAACAUAGGAUGCUUAUAUGUUGCAGAAAAGGCGAAGAUUUUUAAAUUCAUAUGUUUAACUUUUUAAAAGUUUUUAAAUCUAACUAAUAUUAAUUUUAUUUACUCAUCUACAAUUUCUACCAAUUACAUUCUGCCAUGGAAAGAAGCCUCUAUAAGUAAAGCUUUUCAAAUCUAAAUAAAAUAUUUAUAUUU